GGAUCCGAAAAGUACUAUUGAAUCAGGAUCUUCGCGUCUCGUUAAAAAAAUCGUUUUAUUUCUUUUAUUUCUCAGUGUCUCUUUUUUAAUUCCUCGAAUCUGUCUUUUUGAAGAUGUGGUGAAUAACAAGAUGGAGUGAAGAAUAAUUGUAGUAGAUGGUCCAUCUGGCUGUCCAAUCUUCUGAGUGCAUUAACACCCAUCGUAAACAAACAUGGCAGAAAAGUACCUUUAUUGCCAGACGGGCAAGGUGGAAGAUGUUAUAUUCCCAGGAAAGGCUUUUCUCACUUUCCUUCUUCAUGGUAAACCCCAGAGAGUCCUAUUGUGGGUCAAGUGUUUUAUUCAUCAGGGAAAGACGCUCGAGCAAACGGAUAAUUUUAUAGAUAAAUUAAGCGUGGGAGACACUGUAUAUUUUGACUGCCAUGUUUAUGAUAAGGAAUCACGUGACCAUUGCCAAUGGUAUGCAGCAAAGGCAAGUAAGGACAUGCCAGAGGAAAUGCAAAUGAAAACAGUACCUCGCGUCAGAAACCAGAAUGGCUAUAUAUCCGAAGUUGACCCCGGGAAAGGGGUUAUAACCUUCGACUUUUAUGAUGAGGAACAACGGGUUAUCUUUGUACGAUCCAGAUUUUAUUACUUUGGCAAGCGGAUGUCCAAUAAAAAAAAUCUCAGGGACAUCUUGAGCGAAAAUGAUCCACUGCAAUUUGACGCUGAGCAGUGCGAACCUUCCGAAGAUAAUUACUACUGCACUUGGUUUGCAACGCAAGUCUGGAAGGGCAAAAGACCUACAACACAGGGCAGUACCUGGACACUGUCUGGACCGAGUGAUGAUGUCACUGCUGAUGACAGUGCAAGUAAUGCUGGUGGAAUCAUUAGAGACACUUCCGAGGAUUUCCCUAGUCUUGGCCUUCCCCAGGGUUUGACGGAAAAACAAGGGUAUAAAGCUUUUGAAGUAAAUACUAGUGUUAGAGAAGGAAAGGGUAAUGUGUUAAGCCUCUUCAAUGAAGAAUGUGGGCUUGCACUGUGGAUGGUGCGGCACAACACUUGGGAGACGGUUUUCUUUCAUCGUAAGAAUACAUAUCUAGACAGCAUACAUCUAAGUAACUUUGAUCUUCAGGAAUCACUUUCAGAAGGGACUCCUCUAGAGAUUCAAGCUGUUCCUGCGGUUCCAGAGUUUCCUUGCAGAUGGAUUGCACAAAAAGCCAUUGCAAGGUACUGAUACCCACACACAAAAGUUUAUUGAUUUUGUCAUUCUUUUUUACCCUGAAAAUUUAAUAAAUAUGUAAGAUAUUA